AGAGAGAGUCAGGAAUUUUGGGGAGUUAAUAUGGUACUAAUAGAUGAUUCGAAUGAUAGGAUACAUGCUUUUGCGAAUUCCAAAUAUUGUGAUGACCUGGUGAAGGAUAUAAAAGAAGGAGAGGUUUAUGUCAUCUCGAAUUUUAAAGUAAAAGAUUACUUGGGAGAUGAAAAAUACCGCGCUGUCCGAAAUAAGAAGCAUAUAUAUUUCACUGCUCACACACAGUUCAAGAAAUGCACCAAUGGUGGACUGCAAAUUGAGAAUUAUGCUUUUGACUUAUUUCAUCUUGAAGAUAUUGGGAAACUUGCAGACGACAAUCGAUUCCUCAUUGAUAUGGUUGGCAAAGUGAAAAAUGUGCAAGAACUAAUCAAAAUCAAGAAGAAUGAUGUUGAAAAAAGUCUGUUCAAGUUUGAAAUUUCAAAUGGGAGCUCGAGCGUGCCUGUUACGUUUUUCGAUGAGUUUGGACAAUUAGUGGAGAAGCAGUUUGGCAGCUUAGACGCCAAAAAUCUUUAUGUUAUAAUAUCAUGUGCUAAAGUCGGACGUUAUGAAGGUCAUGUUUGCUAUUCUAUCAUUUUUCCAACCUUAUGUUGGACAGAGAAGAAAAAAGAGCCGGUUAAGCCGUCUGUUCAGGGUCUGCAUUUGCUUGAAUAA